AAGGAAACUAGCAGUUUUGCUGCCUUCCCCCUUGCGAAACCACGAAGAUUUCUCUAGCCAAUUCUUCCCCCUACAGUGGACUCCGGUUUUCUCCUGUUCGAAUGCAUCCGAUGGCCCCCGGUUUUGCUUCCCCCGGCCCUCCUUUAUAACCCGCCUAUCCCCCACUCCUCGCCAAAGUUCCCAUUUUUUUUCCACUGUCCCCUGUGGAUCCCGAUCCUUGUUUCUACCUUAUUCGCUCCAAGUUUGGCCUUUUGCCCGGAGUCCGUAAAGUUGGUACCUUGGGCGGUCUCGCGGCGAGCUCUAGGGGCCUGGAUGAAAGUGGAGGCGAGCAAUGGGGAGGAGGAGAAGAGAUCCGGGUCGAAGAGGAAUGGGGAGAUGCUGGUGAGGGGCAGGAGAUGCCGCCGGAGGACCCGGUGGAGGGUCACCGCGAUCCAGCGCCUGUUCUUGGCCUGCAAGUCCGUGUUCAAGGGCCCCGGCACCAUCCCCGAGCCCGCCGACGUUGAGAUGCUGCAGCUCCUAUUAGGUAUCUCUUCCGAACCCCUUCCACAUCCUAGGGUUGCUUUGCAUGAGUUGAUCCGAUUUGGGAGCUUCUCUGAUAAAAUGAGGCCAGAAGAUGUUGGGCUAAGCACGGAUUUACUCUUCUUUAAGUCCAAGAGUUCUUCCAAAGGAACUCCAAGGAUCACAUAUGCCACCAUAUACAAGUGUGAUAACUUUUCGAUGUGUAUAUUCUUCUUGCCCCCAAAAGCAGUUAUUCCUCUUCAUGACCACCCCGGAAUGACUGUUUUCAGCAAACUACUUGUAGGAUCAAUGCAUAUAAAAUCUUUCGACUGGCUCGAUACUGCCACAUCAAGUUUCUCUACACCCUCAGCUAAAUUGAGACUGGCAAAGUUGGUGCUUGAUUCUGAGUUCACUGCUCCUUGCAACACCUCCAUUCUUUAUCCAACAACUGGAGGGAACAUCCAUACCUUCACAGCCAUCACACCAUGUGCUGUGCUUGAUGUUCUAGGACCCCCUUACUCGAAGGAAGAUGACCGUGACAUUACUUACUAUCAGGAUCAUCCCUACAGGAAAUAUUCAGAUGGUGAUACUGACCAAGGUGGAGUGGAGGAUCAUUGCCAUGGAUGGUUGGAAGAAAUUGAUGUAUCCAGGUAUUUGAAGAUGGAUGGUGUGGCGUACCUGGGCCCACAGGUUAUAGAUGGUUGACAACAGUUCUGACCAGUUUUAGGUCAAUACUCCCCAUUUGGAGCAGUGAUGUCAUUUACUUCUUUUCUUCUUCUUAAGUUUCUUUUUCCCGUUUUGUGAGUCUGAUGUCAAGAUGUGCAAAGGUGGAAUUGUUUUGAAGGUGAUAACACCAUGGUUUUGUACUGCCUGGAUUAUCAAUAUCUGUUCAACUCCUAGUCAUGGACUUCACUUUUUCUCUUUGAUUCUGGG